UUCUCAAAGCUAAACAUCUCCAGCUCCCUAAGUCGUUCCUCAUAGGACAUGGUUUCCAGACCCUUGAGACCUAAGAGCAAUAUUAGGACAGGAGAACAUUCCUAUGGGUUCUGUAUGGAAUGAUAUGGGAGGAGGUCAGUGGGAUGCAGUGAUGCAAGGAGUUACUGCACCAGGUGACGCCAACCCUAAUGAUGCCACUGACUAUCUUGAAGUCAAUGAAAAUGCUGCCAUGAAAUGUGUGUGAACACUUCAAAUACAUUUGCCAAUCUAUGCAUGUAAUUUUGUAAAGUAAAGAUUGAAGUGCCCACAUUUAUUGAAAGAGAAGUGAAGCUGGCUACGCUAUUUUCCCUUCCCAAGUGUAUGACGAAGUUUAUAAAUAGCAAACCUCCUGCUGGAUUGCAGCAGGGGGAAGUAUCGCUGGGAAGCUCCCUUUUCAGAAGAGGAACCACGUUUGGAGCAGCUACUUUUGCCUUCCUCUCCCUGAUCGCAUAGUUUGCAAACGUAUGAGAGCAAGUUGGGCCUUAUGUGUGUCAUAGGCCAGAGCUGCAGCAUGGGAAAGCAUCUGAGCAUCUCUGGCUGCAUCUGCACUGCAGAAAUAAUCCAAUUUGACACUGGUUUGAGCCUUCUCCUUGCUGGCUCCCAUACUCUGGAAUUCCCUCCCAAGUGAGGCUUUUUAACUUCUGUAUCAUGUUCAAAGAGAUCCAGCAUGGUGUAGUGGUUUGAGCGUUUGUCUACACCUCUGGAGACUUGGGUUCGAAUUCCCAGUUGGACAUAUAAACUUACGGGGUUUACAAGUCACACACUCUCAGCUUCAGAGGAUGGCCAUGGCAAGCCCCCGCUGAAGAAAUGUGCCACAAUAGGGUUGCCAUAAGACUUGAAGGAAUGUAACAACGAUGAAUCUUUUUGAAAAAUAUUUGUUUUUAAAUGAGAUGAUUUUAACUGUUUUUAAAAAUUGAAUUUUUAUCAUUUCCUCUGAGCUGCCUUGGGUCCCAUUCUGGAAGAAAGGAGGCAUAUAAAAUACAUAAUAAGAAAUAGCUGGAGGAGGCUGGCCACAGCCCUGCACUUGUUUGAAACAGAAGCAAUUUGCCCAACUCAAUGCAGGUGUUACCGGUUCACCUGUUUCUGAGGAGCUGUGGGUGCGCAUGUGUACAUGAGAGAAGCUGGCAGGGCCAUAAAGUUCAUGCUCUGAAACAUUGCAAGUGCAUCUUGGCACGGAGCCCGAUCGGAGUGCUGCCGCUGCUUCCUGCCGCAUGCAAACACGAGGUUGCAUAAAAAGACUUCCACAUUUGAGCAAGUGCUGGUUCCGGUGUAUGUGUGCCUAUGUGUCACCCGCAGGGAGGAAGUUGAUAAGUGUGGAGCGGAGAGGAACGCCUAAAAACCAAGAAACAAGCGUCCCGGUGGGAACAAGCUGAUCGUCUGGUCCAAGAUCUUUGGGUCAAAACUCCAAGGCAAAAGGGCUCGCCAUGGCUGGUCUGAAAACAGCCAGCGGGGAAUACAUCGAUGACUCCUGGGAGCUCAAUAUUUUUGUGGAAGACCUGGGACCUGGUGCUGAUCCGAUCACCCUCCGGGUCUCCGGCACCAUGCAUAUUGGAGGCAUCAUGCUACAGAUUGUGGACAAGUUAAAACUUCAGAGGGAUUGGUCAGACCACGCGCUGUGGUGGGAACAGAAGAAACUUUGGCUGCUGAAGACAAGCUGGAGCCUGGAUAAAUACGGGAUUUUAGCAGAUGCCAAACUCCGGUACACUCCUCAACAUAAACCGGUGUUGCUUUCGCUGCCAAACCGCUGCAGUGUCCGUGUCCGGGCUAACUUUGCUCAACCUGUCUUCCGCACGGUUGCCGAUAUUUGCAAGGUCCUUGGUAUCCGCCAUUACGAAGAGCUGUCCUUGCUGCGUGCCCCAGAGGAGAAGGACAAGCGGAAGCAGAAGGAGAAGGAGGGAAACCGUACAGAGAGCUAUGACUUGACAGGAGUGCGUCUUCCAGCAAGUGCAGAGCAGCAGCUGUUCCGUGGGAUGCCCGCACACUUCUCAGACAGCGCCGACACGGAGGCCUGCUACCGGAUGUUGUCAGUGAGCCAGACUGGGCUCACCCCUGAGCAGAUCAUGCGAAUGCCUCGGCCAGGAUCCCUCAUCGAGAAGGCACAGAUCAAUAGCAGGUGGUUGGAUUCAUCGCGGACUUUGCUGCAGCAGGAAGUGAAAGAACAUGACUGUUUAUGGUUACGUUUCAAGUAUUACUGCUUCUUUGAUUUGGAGCCCAAGUACGAUGCUGUGAGGAUCAACCAGCUCUAUGAACAAGCCCGCUGGGCAGUGCUGCUGGAGGAGACGGAGUGCACUGAGGAAGAGAUGGUGGUGUUUGCUGCUCUGCAGUAUCGCAUCAAUGAGCUAUCCUUGAAUGCCAACCCUGCAGAGCCGUCUGGUGAUUCUGGCCUUGAUGACUUAGACAAGGCCCUCGCCAGCCUCGAGGUCAAGCUGGAAGGAUCAUCGUCAUCUUCCAAUGUUCUGGAAAGUCUCACAGCUAUCCCAGAGCUGAAGGAUUACCUCCGAAUAUUCAGGCCACGCAAGCUGACCCUGAAGGGUUACAAGCAGUACUGGGUGAUCUUCAAAGAGACCUCCAUCUCCUACUACAAGAGCUCUGAGGAAGCACUGGGAGAACCCAUACAACAGCUCAACCUCAAGGGCUGUGAAGUUGUACCAGAUGUCAAUAUCUCUGGCCAGAAGUUUUGCAUCAAGCUGUUGGUGCCUUCUCCAGACGGGAUGAGUGAAGUACACUUGCGUUGUACAGACGAGCAGCAAUAUGCCCGGUGGAUGGGUGGUUGCAGGCUGGCGGCGAAGGGCAAGACCAUGGCGGAUGCAUCAUACCAAGCCGAGGUGGAGAACAUCCUGUCCUUCCUGAAGCUCCAGAGGACCAACCCAGAGGCACCCUUAGCUGCAGAAGCUGAGGGGGCCCAGUGGCUUGUGUCCCCUCGUUACCAGAAGAAAUUCAAACCUAAGCAGUUAACUCCACGUAUCCUGGAGGCCUAUCAGAAUGUGGCCCAGCUCUCUCUUGCUGAUGCCAAAAUGAAAUUUAUCCAAGCCUGGCAGUCACUCCCAGAUUUUGGCAUCUCUUACUUUGUGGUCAGAUUUAAGGGCAGCCGGAAGGAUGAAAUCUUGGGCAUUGCCAACAACCGCUUGAUCCGUAUUGACCUGGCUGUUGGGGAUGUGGUGAAGACCUGGCGAUACAGCAACAUGCGACAGUGGAAUGUCAACUGGGAUAUCCGGCAGGUAGCCAUAGAGUUCGACGAACACAUUAAUGUGGCCUUCAGCUGCAUCUCUGCUGGUUGCAAGAUUGUGCACGAAUACAUUGGUGGCUACAUCUUCCUGUCCACACGCGCAGCCGACAGAGGCCAAACCUUGGAUGAAGAGCUCUUCCACAAGCUGACGGGUGGCCAUGAAGCCCUCUAAUCUUCUGCCACCAAGGCAUGACCCUUCCCUUGAACACAGUGCCCCAUGGCCUCCUUGAAGAACUGUUUGGCCACUGAUGGUGGGUAAAGCCCCUAACUGGAAUUUGGAUGCGGGGAGGACCUGUCUGAUACACAAGAAAACUCUUUCCCAAUACAAUUGGAAGAGUGGACUCUUAUGAAGGAGGAGGGUGGGAACAGGCAAGCGGAGUGGUCACAGCAGGGAAGGGGCGUCUCUUUCUAGGCUGUUUUUUGAAGGAGUCUCCUGGCACAAACCAUUAUUUACUCUUUCCAAAAUCUUGGAACCACUGUCACUCAUAAAACUUUCCCAGUUCUUGAUCUAGCUUUCAGAGCUAAUGGUUACAUCUGAGCUAGUUGGGUCAAGGUACUUUUAACUGUAUUUUAAUGCCGUGGAAUUUUAUACCAUUGGUGCAUUGACAGCAAGGAGACUGUAUCUGUUGCUUCUUCGUUUAUUUUUUACUUGCCAUGUGUGCAACAAUUAAAAAUGUUCUGUUUGGAAAUGUCCUCCUCUGUUUUUGUUGA